GUUAUUCCCCUUCUUUCUCCCUUCUCUAACGUUAAACGCUCGUCGCUUUGUGCAUCACAUGAUCGCUGGAAACUGCCAGCUUGCUCCUUCGUGUCACAAGCUUGGUUUAAAAUAAGCGGCCUGCCGGAUUCCUGCUUUACUCGCUCUUUGAGUAUCAGAUGUGUUUUCGUGGGAUUUCGGGCUGCUAUUUUGAAAAUCUCUGCACCUCCCUCCUCCUGUUAAAAACCGGCGUUUUCCAGCUCCGUGAGCCUGCCUGGAAGAAUCCCUGCGGUGUCAGGGGGAUGAGCAGCAUCCAGCCUCUCCCUCGCUCUGCUCCAGGGCGAUGCUCACUAUAUGAGAUGAGAGAUUGGGGCAAAAUCCUGGCGUGAGCAAAAUCCUGGCUCUGUACGAGCCAGAGCCAGCCUGUGCCUGGUGCAGCCGCUGCCGUCCCUCCCGUGUGCUCAUCAGCAUGCAAAGCAGGCACGCCGCGGUGGUGGAAAACACGACGUGACCCCCGUGUCGGCACGCAUCCCUGCGCCCAGCCUCCACCGCCGUCUUCUGGUUGCCCUUGCUCCUUGCAGCAGCUUGCAGCGUGUUGCUGCUCCUCUGCAGGAGGUGAAUGUCCUGACCCUGCUCCGUUGCGCUUCACUUGUUUCAUCUGUGCAAUAUCUGAGCUGUUUUUCUGGUGCCUGGUGUCCUGGGGUCAGCGCUAGCGAAGCUGGGGGGCUUGGGGAGCCCUUUUCCCUCGUGCCUCGUCACCGUGAGCCCCAUCGCCAGCUCUGGUGGAGCUUAGGACGCCCAAAGCACCGCAGGGUCCACGCUCACACCUUUCCACAGGGCAGCCGGACCAGGAAGCCAAGCGUUGUCUCAGUAGAGACACAGCCAUAAAACCUCCCUGCAGUUCCCACCGCAUCGUGCUCAGCCUCAAGCCAAGUUCUGGCCACAUCAUCUGAAGGAGACACGGGGCAGCAGAGAGGGGAUACCACAGUGCUGCAUAGCCAGGGAUGGUCCUGCCUGGACUUUGCCUUAUUCUGAAGCUGAAGUCAAGAAUAAGGUGGAUGAAUUCUUUCUCCUUCAGGUAUAAGGAGCCAGAACAGACUGCCUCAGGCGAACAUACCUACAUUAGAAGUGGAGAGAGGGAAUGGUGUCCCUUUUUGACGCCAUCCCAUAACAGGAGUGCUUCAGAGCCCACAUUUUCCUUCCCAAAUGCUGUCAUGUAACCCCGUGGGGAUACGCAAGCCGCUGAACGAAGCGUGUGCCCUGUCACGGAUCCAGGCCUGCAGACGCGAAGGAGAGAACUAACGUCCUUGUGACUGUGCAGCAUCAAACCCCAGCAAGGGCCCUGCCUUCAGCCUUGCACAACUGUGAAAGUAAACUACCACGUGCGGGCACCACCUUCCCUCCCACCUCCUGCAGCCAAGGCAGCUCCGCCCGAGUCAGCAGCCAGCUUCCCCGGUGGCAAAGAAGGAAAAAAGAACAGUCCUGAGAGGUGCUAACGGAGAAAGCCUGGAAAGCAGAAAGAGAGAAUUGGCUGGAAAACGCUGUCGCUGUCAGUUGCAGCUCCCAUCUGCUAGAACGAGGAAGUAACGUGAAAACAGUUCGUGUGUUAUCGGAGGGUUGCGAGGGGAAGUGGGACUUGCGACCCGGCGCGUGGCCUGCUCUGGCUUUGCUCUUUGUGCUCUCUCACCCCGGGACUGUUUGACGGGUCCCGUCUCUCUGCUUUCACUUCCUCUUGGUGGGUGACACCGGCCUCCGUGUCGCCUGUCGCCGGCCUGCUCUGGGUCUCCCGUCGUGCACCCGCUCUCUCUUCCUCUGCCUCGCCUCUUGCAGCGGAUGCUACGGAAGAAAAAUAAGACGUUUCCCGCACUCGGGCAAAAUACUCACUGCCGUUUACUUAUUUCGGGCCAGCUCCAUGCACUGCAGGGCACGAAGACGACGUCCAGCAGGGCACGAGGACGACGUCCCCCAGAGCCGGGCUGCCGGGGGCCUCACGCCACGAGAUGACGGCCAUCCUGGAGCGCCUCAGCACGCUGCCCCUCAGCGGGCAGCAGCUCAGCCGCCUCCCCCGGCUGCUGGAGGACGGCCUCCCCAAAAUGCCCUGCACCGUCCAAGAGGCCGAGGUGCCGCAGCUCUUUCGGGAGCCGUACAUCCACGCCGGGUACCGUCCCACCGGCCAGGACUGGCGGUACUACUUCCUCAGCCUCUUCCAGAAGCACAACGAGGUGGUCAACGUGUGGACUCACCUCCUGGCGGCGCUGGCCGUGCUGCUGAGGUUCAAGACGUUCGUGGAGGCUGAGCAGCUGCCCGUGGACGCGUGGUCCUUGCCUCUGUUCAUCUUUGUCCUCUCCUCCGUCACCUACCUGACCUGCAGCCUCUUGGCCCACCUGCUGCAGUCCAAAUCGGAGCUGUCCCACUACACCUUCUACUUCGUGGACUACGUUGGAGUCAGCAUCUACCAGUACGGUAGUGCCCUGGCCCAUUUCUACUACAGCUCCGACCAAGCCUGGUACGACAAGUUCUGGCUUUUCUUCCUCCCGGCUGCUGCUUUCUGCGGCUGGCUGUCCUGCGCCGGCUGCUGCUACGCCAAAUACCGCUACCGACGGCCCUACCCCAUCAUGAGGAAGAUGUGCCAGGUGAUCCCAGCCGGGCUGGCCUUCGUCUUGGACAUCAGCCCCGUGGCUCACCGGGUGGUCGUGUGUCACCUGGGGGGCUGUGAGGAAGACGCCGCUUGGUACCACACCUACCAGAUACUGUUUUUCCUUAUCAGUGCGUAUUUCUUCUCCUGCCCGGUCCCCGAGAAGUACUUCCCUGGCUCCUGCGAUAUCGUCGGCCAUGCCCACCAGAUCUUCCACACCUUCCUGGCCAUCUGCACCCUCUCCCAGCUGGAGGCCAUUUGCUUGGAUUACAAGAACAGGCAGGAGAUUUUCCUAAAGAGACACGGGCCUUUCUCCAUCUAUCUCUCCUGCGUCUCUUUUUUCGGCCUGGUGGCUUGUAGCGCCCUCACAGCUUACGUCCUGCGAUGCAGGAUCAAGGCCAGCCUGGCGAAAAAGGACUCCUGAGGGUCGUGGAGGCGACGGGCACGACACCACCGGGGUGGUGCAAACCAAGAAAAGGGGCAUAGCGUAUUAGAGACGUAACUGGCUUAUUUGCCUAACACACUGUGACUAACCUGCACCUUGGACUUGGGUGGAGGGCUGGAUACUUCGUGCUGGAUGCGUUCUCACAGCAGGGGCUGCCUUCUGCCCUGCGGGGGGACGGGGGGGGGGGUUAAGCCAGAACAAGUCACUUAACCAAGGAUGCUGGAAUAGGCAGAGGUUUCUUGUUCACUCUGGCAAACCUAGGGGAGUUAUCUUGCUGAAUGUCAGGGAAGGCAGCCUGAGGGCUGUGAAGCCAUAGCGGGGUCUCCCAGGGCUCACAAGGCGGUGGAGAACCUGCCAUGAGGCCCAGAGGUGCACGUGGUGACCUCUUUGGGUUUUGCUGUCUCUGCUGUCUCUGAGGAGACCUGUUAGCAUCAAAGGCAGUAGCAAGGUUUCGGGAGGGGUCCACACUUCUAGGGUUCGGUUGCGAAGGGUAUGUGUGGUACAGUGGCUGCAAUAAUCCUUCUCCUGGCUGGGCUAAGCCAGGUUCUCUCUACGACCUCCUUCUCAAGUAUCUCAGUGCCAGGUUGCUGAGGUGGCAUCAGCAAAGCAUCUAGACCUGGACUUAACCUUCUUUAGGAUGAACUGGGUCUGAACUUGCGUGUCUGCCAGGCACUGGUGUGGGUCCAGCCACCCCCGGCCCAGGUGGGGAUGUCAGCUCAUCUCCAUCUUCUCCAUCUGCAUGGUUGCACCAUCUGCAGCGGAGCUGUCAGGCUGUCCCAAGUCUUCGAAGGCUCCUCUCUUCCAUUUUAACAGCUUACUUGCCUUUGAGGAGCUGCUCGUGGCUCAGGGUGGAGCUGGUUUUCGCAGCCUUCCUCAGGAGCAGUGGUAGAGGCUGAGCUCCCCGGCGGCCACCAGCGUUCAGGGUGCGGGCGCUGGGAGGGGAAACGCAUUCGAUGCUCAGCGCCUCAUUUUAGAACCACAGAGCAGCUGGUAGGGACCUUAAAGAUCAUCUGGUCCCAACCCCCUGCCGUCUUGGCUGCCUGUGUGUGACAUGUUCGUGCAUUCCUGCGUAGACUGACCCCGUAUCAUCUGCCACAGGAGUCUGGCUGACUUCCAACGCUGCCCACAUGGUGUAGAAGUAACUUGGGUGUGAUCGGUCUGAUAGGGAUAAGGCUCCAGGCCCUGGGCCUCCAGCAGCCCUAGGAUGGUCGUGGCCAACAGGGGAUGAAAGUGAAGUGGAUGUGAAGCCUUUGUUCCCCUGUUAAUGGUUCUUUUCGGGAUGCCAAGCAAUCCUUGGUGGGCCUUGAAGCUGACCGUGAAGCUUCAAGGUUGCUCUUCUCUGACCCAUAGGGCUGUGGAUCGGGCACGUUUUUAUCAGCACUAGAUGAAGGUAGAGUGGCAAAAGGCAGGAGCAGGUUGGCAGAAUUAAGGUUCUUUGUAAUCCCGGGAUGGGUUUGUCCUUGGAACAUGGUGAUUCUCGUGUGGGGUAGCAAAGACAGUGGUCAGGGAUACUCGACGUCCAUGGCUCACUCCAGUCCAAGGUGUAGGAAGGGUUGGUUUAUGGUGUCCACAAGUAGAUGAGUCUCUUCUGGGUUUGCGGAGGGGAAUAUCAGGUAUGGAGCCACAUAUCUGCACUGGAGUCGGUAGCACUUACAGGACUGAUGCUGAGAGCCCUCGCAGAGACCUGUUCCAUUCAGACCAGACACCUCCUCUCUGACCCACUGCUCACUUUCCACACUAAGCUCUGGGUCCUCCCAGCUGUACGCUACGCAAGACCUGAAGCCUCAUAUGCCCUGACAUCUCCAGGAGGUACAGAUCUUUGCUGAAAGCCAGGGAGGCGUGGGAUCUACUCCAGCCAGGGAUCUCUCUCACUGAAUCCAAGGGCAGGCAAACGAAUUGUGGUUGCUGGUACUGAGCAGGCAGGGUUUAGGGUUGGGGAUAUGAUUUAUCAUGACAAGCACUGAUUUCUGCACUUGAUCUGUUUUUUUUACUAUUGAGAUGUGUUUAUGUAUGUGUGUGCAUGCCUGGUUUAACAUCCAGGAAGGCUUUGCCUUUGGCUUUUUUGUCUACAGAGCUUCCUAGUUGUUUCAAGAUUAGUUUGAAGGAAAUACCACCACGCUGCUGGAGGAGCACGGUGGGCCGGACAACAGCAUCUCUGAAAGCUCAGCUAUUAAUGGGUGCUUUGCUGCAACCUGCGUUUUGUGGACAAACCUGGAAAUCUGGCCUCCUCGACAACCUGGAUACAAAGGAGGAGGGGAGAAAUUUUUGAUGACAGGAGAAGAAACCGUAGGAGAGACUUCAAGAGGUCUUCUAGUCCACCCUUUCUCAUCACUCUAGGCUUCCAGUUCCAGCAACAGCAGCGGGUUGCUCAGGGAGUUCGGCCACACCAAUGGACUUCUCCCUCUGUGGUCUUUGCAGCAUUACGUGUGGGUCUCUGGCUUCUGUGCAGGAAGGGGAAAAAACCAUGGUGGUUCCCAGCUCCUUUUUGGGCUAAAACGGAGGGAGUGGGCACCGCUAGCAGCCAGCCGCGCUCUGCUCUUACCUGCUUAUACCGGUACCAAAAGACAGGGGUCACACAGGCAUUUCCUUCUCUAAGGCUUUGAAAACAGAUGAGAUGUUCAGCCCCUGGCUAAGGAGGAUGACUACUGUAACGCCACCCAGUUCACAGCGGGGUAGGAGGUGCCCCAUGACUCUCCCGAGGUAUUUCUGGCCGUAUGUCGUCUCCUGCCUGGUCCAGCAGAAGUGAAACUUCUCCUCGUGGAGCAACCGUUGUGUGACAGCGGUGGUGUUUCUACAUCCUCCCACGUUAGCCCUCAGCUGAGGCCACUCCUGUCCCCGUGGGGCCCUGCGCUCGGACCCGGAGCUGACCUCCUGGUCACUAUGACGGGUUAAUUUAGCAGGGAGCCACCACACGGGUCGCUGCUGCUGUGAGGAUGCACCCUUGGUGUCACAGGGGGCUUGUCUCCACUGGAGCUUCCUCCAUCCCCGUCUCCAUCCUCCUCCUCUUCCUCCAACGAGCGUAUUUCUUUCAGGACUUCAUCCGUGUGCCUUACACACCUGGUUACCUACCUGCGCAGGCUCCACACGCCGAGCAGUCUCCAGCACCUCAGCGGGGCCGGGAAGUGGCUGCAGACCCUCCUGAAAGCCGUGCCAUUGAUCUAGGGGAGAGCAGGGCUGUGUUUUGAGGGAGUAAAAGUGCUGCUGUGCUGAAUGUUCAGCCCAUCUGAGGGCCUGUCGGGGUCUUCUCCUUGGGCUCGCUGCUUGGAGCACGCCUUCCUCCAUCCUGGUGCUCCUAAGGAGGCGCGGCUGGGAAGGGCGAACCGGUGGCAGGGGUUUGGUGAAGAGGAGGCCAUCAAAGGUUGAUCACGAAGGGACCCAAGUCCUAACCCUCACCCCCAGGAAUCUCCACUCCUGAGAUAGUAUUUUAGCAGAUCUUGCAGCCUGGAUCUGUACAGGUCAACUGAGAAGUCAUCCCAACGUGCCUUACGCUGUCACCUCCUGGGUUUUCUGCUCUCUGCUGGCCCAUGGCUGCUUUUACCGGGGACUGGCUUUGCCUGGUGUACGGGGCAGAAGAGGAGGGUGGAGAAAGGUGCCUUAAACUUGCCUUAAACUUGCAGUUAUGCCUAGUGAUUUGUGUAGCAGGGCAAGGACAGGUUCCUCAUGUGCCUUGCAAUUUACAGCUUCUACUGACGAGAUUAUUUUUAAGCACUGUUUUUUACUAAACAGAAGUACAAAAGAGUUUCUUGUUUUGUUUCGUUUCGUUUUUUUUUUCCCCUGGGAAACAGGGAAGGAUAUGGGUGUUCGAUACUAACCAUCCCCUUCCCACCUCCCAUCUGCUGACUUUGUAUUGGUGAAAACAUUGACAAUAUUUUAAGCUUUGUACUGUACUGAUCAUUAUUUAAAAACCUUAGUGAAAAAAAAAAGAGAACUGUGAAAG